AAGCAAGUUGUGACUCAGAGCACUUCUGUUCCAAACAAUAACUGUCCACUACACGGAGCCAGGUGAGGAAACGCAUUACGUGUAUGCCUUUGUGCAGAAUGAGUUGCAGAAGAUCUGGUGUGCAGAUCUGGGGGAGUCUGAUCCUCCUCGUGUCCUGUUGUCUGCUCGGUGUUUCGUCUCAUUCCGAUCACCAGCAGCAGCAGCAGCAGCAGCAGCAGCCGCCGCCACCCAUCGUGGAGGGCGCAGCACACAUAAGCCAUGGUCAUGGCCGCCUAGAUAAAAACAUGGUCCAGGACAAAGAUCACAUCAUGGAGCAUCUGGACGGAGUGAUAGACAAACCAGAGAAGGACAUGACACCCCAGGAGCUUCAGCUGCAUUAUUUCAAAAUGCACGAUUAUGAUGGAAACAACCUCUUGGACGGGCUGGAACUUGCCACAGCGAUCACACAUGUGCACAGAGAGGAGAGAGGAGAGGAGAGCCAGCCAAUGAAGGAGGAGGACCUUAUUUCUCUCAUCGACGAUGUUCUGAGGGACGAUGACAAAAACAAUGACGGUUAUAUAGAUUAUGCAGAGUUUGCCAAAUCACUGGAAUAGAGUGUCAUGACAUUUAUGUCCACAACAACUGCAAGGGAUCUGCAGAGAUGAGUGGAGUCGUUAGUGGACGUACAAGGAGCCAAACUGUGAAGCCGCAUUACAUAGAGGAAUCUUUUUCAUUCACAGUCAAUCAGGAUUUCAGUCAGUCAGUUUUUUUGUUCUGUUAAGGUUUGUCGUAGUCCUUUUUUUAUUUCAAACUGCAGCAGUAGAUUGGGUUAUACCAGCCUUUCAGCAAAGAAACAGUUGGAACACCUUUAAUUAAUCUCCAUUAUGCUUACAAAUUAGUCUAAAAGGGCUAAUUCACUCAGUUAUAAUGUCAGUUCUAUUUGGUUUAUAGAUUUUCUGGUUCUUUGAUUCUUGUCAGUGACCUGAUGCAGUAAGGUUCAAAAUUCCCUUUAAAGACUAUUGUGUAACAUUCAGCUGCUUAUAAGAACUGUUCAGAAUCACAUGUGGACUACACAGUGUUGCCCACACAUUGCAGCACCCUUUCUGCGAUGAAACGACAGCAGAAAAGCCAUUAAAACUAAAUUUAGGGUGAACUCAGUGUUUAUAUGAACAGUGUCUUUUUUUUUUAGUGGUGCUACACUUUAAAUUGGACAAGUUUCCAUUUCAGACUGUGGCUCGUAAAAAAUGUUGGGACCAAAUGAUUCGGCCUGGGAUUUCAUUACCUUUGCUCUUUGUGAGGAGGAUGAGAUAUACAGGUCGUUCUCGUGUGAACAGAAAGUGACCUUGCUCAGAUGUAUUGUCUGUGAUGUCGUGUAGAGUAGAAAACCUUGUUGAAGUUAUGAGGUGGAGACGAAGAACAACAAAAUAGUGUUACCGGAGGAACGGUGUGGCACCUCGUCACAUCACCACCUCACGUUUCCUCUCGAGGUAACUCCCGCAGUAAUCUUCAGUCUCCGUUUCCUUUCCCUAUAUUCUGUCAGCUCAGCAGAUCCUCCCCAUUAAUCUGUGAAUGUAAAUCAGUAUGGUGCUGUGCUGUGCUGAUUCUUUAUCACUGGAUAAGCUAGACAUAAAGCACACUGGCUGAUGCUGCUGCCACUGCAGCGUCACAGUUUUGUAGGAAAGCAUUUGUAUACUGCUCCUCCAUUAGUUGCCUUUGAAACGUACAACUGUAUUUUUGUCUGUUUGAAAUAUACCUGUUUGGUGUGUGUUGUUACAAAAAUAAUAGCUUUACAAACAAAAAGAGAAGUAAAAGAAAAAAAAAACAGGGUUUUGUUUUAUGGUCGUGACAACCGCUCAGCCAAAAUAUUUCACAGUUGACACUACAUGCCAGGAUUUUCAGAAAUACACAGAUCUUUGAUGAGGAUCAGAUCAGCAAUUGUCAAAAAUUAAAAAGUAGGAUAGAUGAACAGAGAUUUUUGUGUUUAUUAAUACGGUAAGAAUAUAACAUUUCAGGUAUUUUGUGUGUUAAAUCUGUGAUUUCUCAAAUAUUUUCUGUACGGAUGAAUUAUAUAUUUUUGCCAUCCAGUAUUGUUUUCUUCAACCAAUUCAGGUUAUUGAAUGCAAAAAAAAAAAAGUGGAAAACAUUGCAAGUGCUGUCUCUGGGAUGUGAGAAAUAAUAAUAAAAAAAAGAUAAAUUCGA